UUGUGGGUCUUAAAGGGACUAGCGCGUGUGCACUGCUCACCGCCAGUCUUCCUCAACGCUGCACAUGAUUUGGGGGUCAACUCCGCCAGUUCCCAGGCCCACCCUCACCAAACUCCUCCCCCAAACCUCACCGCAACAUCAUGUUCUUGCAAAGGAACUGGCGGUGUCGUUGACACUUCUUCGUACAAUACCAUUGAUCACCCCACACAAAAAAGCCCUCAAUCCCGUCACAAUGGCGUCUAGUCUUGACUUCUCGUCGGAUGGACUCCUCGGCCUAGAUUUCGAUGCCAGAGAUCUGAGAUACGCAUACUCCAACACCAAUAUGACAAGGAACUCGUGGCCGCUGGCCUUGGAUUUGUCGACCGGCGCCGACGAGAAACACGGCUCACCACCCGCGCAUAACGAGAACCAACAACAGCAACAACAACACCAGUAUCAGACUGUCCAACAUAACUCACCCACUCUUCUAUCGGACUGGCCUGUCCACCAGCAGCCACAGCAGCUCCAGCAACAAUACCUCCAAGGCAAUUCUAUGAUGGGGGCACCGCAGUACGCGCCGUUCGAUGGCAGUUUCCAGCAGAACCUCCAGCACGCACCGAUCGACUACCACAUCCCAACGACGCAGGCCGCCCUCGAGGCAAGUCUCCAGAUGGACUCUCCCUUCAACAGCAAGGCCGGUCUCCAGCUCGACGCUCCCUUCAACAAUAUGGACCAAGCCCAGGAUGCGCAGGCUUUGCAGUGGGAUAUGGUGGGACUGGCCAACUGGCAGGACUUCCAAAAUGCCAUGUUCACUCCCAACCACGGCCUCCCCAUGCCCGUAGGACGACAGAGUCUCGGCAGCAAUUCCCCCACCGGCACAUACCUCGAAGUACAUUCGUUACCCAGUUCAAGCAGUGACCAUGGAUGGACCGCUGUAGACUCCUACCAGAACUUCGAUACCUUCCAACAAGCGCAAAACGCGGCAAUCUUCAACCCAGGGCAGACCUUGCACUUACGCAGCCACUCGGACUCAUCCCAGUCGGAUGCCACGGCACCAUUCCCGGAUACAGGCUUCGGUAGUUUCGAAGAAGUUACUUUCCCGCCAUACUCUCCCUACUCGCCGGAGUCCGACACGUACUUAGAUCUGAACACCCAUCGUAAUUGCUUCCACGGAGAAUCCCACCACCACUCUCAUGAUAUCCACGAAAUCAUCAGCCCGGCUGCCGCCGUCGCUCCUGUUGCCAUCAAAGUACCCUCGACUCGCCAAGUUGCUUCCGGAAGCUCCUCGCCCCCACCACGGAGAAACUCUGGUGCAAGUGGGAAGAAGAGCCCUACAACCAAGGCAACCAAACCCGUUAUUCGUCGCACGUCAAAUGGAAAGAAGGACACAGAGAAGCGCGUUGGAAGGAGGAAGGGCCCGCUACUACCCGAGCAACGCAAGCAAGCUGGCGAGAUAAGGAAACUCCGUGCUUGCCUUCGUUGCAAGUUCCUGAAGAAGACCUGCGAUAAGGGCGAGCCUUGUGCUGGUUGCCAGCCAUCUCACGCCAGGUUGUGGCAAGUACCUUGCACCCGUAUCGACAUCAAGGAUAUCGCCUACUUCAUGAAGGAUUGGAAAGCGGACUACGAACGACAUGUCGGCUUAGGCGUCAGUGUCUACAACAUCAAGGGAUUUUCAGAGAGCGAAGAGCUCAUGUGGAUCACGCACGGCUACGGAUUCGCCAUUCCGAUCAUGGCACGCGAAGUUUAUGUCACCGAUGACAACUGCUUCAUGAUUGACUGGACCGAAUCGAUACACGAGGAGCCGCUAGAGUUCGACAUCCGUACCGAGCGUAUGUCGGCUGGCUCCGAGGGCGUAUCGAAAGAGGCCUUGUCGGAAUACCUUGACCAGCAUCUUGAGGGCCCGUUCGAAGACUUCAUUGACAACCAUUUCGAAGGCACUCCAUUCAUCACUGAGAUCCUAAAGACCGCGCAUCGCUAUUACCGCAAGGAGAAGCUUCCAGUCAUCCGCAAAGCAUUGAAACUCGUCCUGGCUUACAACCUCACAUUACAUGUUACCAUGGUUCAGCAUCAAGGUGAGGAGCGUGAGAUGGAGGGAAAGAUUGAUGACGAAGAAUCGAAAUUCUUCGGCAAGACCUUCGCCCCUGUCAUGAUCAACUUCCAGAUCAAGGUGGCCCUUGCAGACAUGUGGCGCGAGCUUCAGAAGGAUGUCCUUGAGGAGCUCUCUUCAUUAUACUCCAGUGUCUACAGCGGUGACCGAUUGAAGAACUGGCCAACUAUCUUCAUGAUUGCCUCCAUCCUCCUCGCUGUCUGGGAGGAGAUGCAAUUCGACUGCCACUACAGAGUACCCGACCCAGCCUCCGUGGACAAGUUCUGCACUGACAUGGAGACCACUCCGGUCGGUGUCAUUGUGGGUCUCUUCCACGCCAUCUCACAAAAACUGCCUGCAUUUACGGAGUGGGAGACAAGACGACAUGGACAACUUCUGAACAAUAACGUUGCUGUUUGCGACGCUAUGACAGAAAUGAGAUCCCAUGUUUCUAAGCACGAGGCCUACUUGAAGUCGCGCGCGGACUGCAGGUUCAACCGUGAUGACUUCGACUGCCUGUCGAACAAGUUCCUCUCAAAACUUGUCAUCCGUGCCAACUAAGCCUGCUUCUCUUCGCUCCCGACGAUGCAAGUCCCUGAUUUGCAGGCGUAUAUAAUCUUAUACCCCGCCCGCACCCUCACCCCCCGCACCACGUCCGACACGACAUGCGAAGUGGCCGCUAUUAUUUUCUUUGAUUUGUUUUGAUUUAUGACACUUUACCCCAUCACGCACCAGCGAGCGGAUUUUUCUAUCCCUGAUUCUCUUGUCGAUUUUAAAGAGCAUAGCGAUUUUACGACACACAUCUAUUUUUUUUUACGAACGUUUGUGACGAUAUGAGCAUCAUGAUAUCAUGGUUGAUGGGUGGAUAACGGCCGACACCUUCGCUGGCUCGCGUCCUUGAUGGAUCGCAGACCUGGCAGCCAUAUACAGACGUGGGGAGGAACGCAUUUCAUGCGUGAUGAUUGACUUGAAUUAUGGGAGGAGGCAUUUUUUAUGAAGGGAAGAUUUAAGAUUUAAGAUUUUACGAUUGAUAAUGCGAAAUGGAGGCGGAUGCAUAUCAUCCAUCGUCUGGCAUCGGGGCGAUUUAUUUUUCGAUCUGGGGUUUAUGCAUCUAAGUAGAUAGACAUGACCUAGACGAUAUUACAUAUAGCGAGGAAG